AUGAAGGCUCCCACCCAAAAGAACAACAAAAGGGCGUCCUACAGCCCAUACCCUCCCGCCGACGACAAGCCUAUAAAACCGCCCCCUCUCCCCCGUACUCAGUCUGUCGCCUCGUCCUCGCGUGCUUCCCAGCCCCCCACCCCAUCGGCUGCUUCCGACGCGCAGUCCUACAAGGUCGCCCGCGCCAUCUCGAGCUGUACGAGAUGCAGGACAAGAAAGCAAAAAUGCGAUGGCAAGCUGCCGGCCUGUACGUCUUGCGAUCGUGCAGGGGUCGAGUGCAUUGGCUUUGAUGCGAUUAGCAAGACAAACAUCUCGAGAAACUACCUGCAUCAAUUGGAGGAGGAGGUGGCGGUAUUGCGUGCUCAGAUCAGUGCCCUGUCCUCGGUCGACCCUAUCGGGGAGAGAAAGAGGAACAUCGCGGCGAAUUCCUCCCACGCGGUGUCCAAUUAUUUUCCCGAGUUUCCGGGGGAGAAUGGGCCAAGUCGCGAUGGACGAUCCCCUCGCUCGCCAUUCGCCUCGCCUGUUCUUCCCUCAAACAACGGCCACCAACAGCGAAGAUACUCGGACUUUCCAUAUCCCUCCACGCCAAUCUCGGCUGACCCGCCUCGAUCUCCCUUUACAUCCUCGAGGCCACAUCCCACCGGUCAGCCUGCCAGCCUGCAUGCCACGUCUCUCACCCGGAUGGUCCAUGAUGCUGCUCUGAGGACUGGCCAUGCAGCAAACAGUGGGAUAACUUCGGGGUCAAAUGCUUCGGGCAGUGACAGGGGUUCUACCCACGGCGGCACAAUCGACUCGCCUAUGAGUGCUGAGCUCUAUGAUCAUCAUAUUUCGCUCGAGACCCUUCCCACACCCACAUCGGCGAUACCCAGACUGCCGCCUUCGGCCAGCGGGCCGGUAACUCUUUCAGUGUCGAGUGGGGGAAAACCGAGGCGAAAGGUUACGAUCCCGCCUCUUCCACCUCAGGGUGCCGUCGAGAAACUUGUGGCAGCCUAUGUCGACUUUGUUGGCGUGACAGGACCCAUUAUCCAUAUACCGACUCUGGGAAGGCAGUUGAGCAAUAUCAGGGGAGGUUUAGACGUGGAGGAGAGUGACAUUUUUGUUGUCAUGAUGGUUCUCGCAUUGUCUACGAUGGCAUCAUCUAGAUUCGUCGACCCUCCUGACGACUUGAGAGCCUGCUCUGAAGCAUUCCACGCCGAGGCGAUCAAACAUCUCGACGCCGUCUUUGAAGGACAAAGUUACGUCGGCCUUCAGGCUAUUCUACUCCUCGUCUGGUAUUCUCUCCUCAAUCCCGAUAAGGGCUCUAUCUGGUUUUUGAUCGGUCUCGCCACACGAACUUGCGUGGACAUGGGAUAUCACAACGAGCACAACAUCCCGGUUGACCAACUUGAUGCUUUGGAGCUGGAUAUGCGCAGGAGACUGUUCUGGUGCACCUACAAGAUGGAUAGACUAUUGUCGCAAUCGCUGGGUAGACCACCCAGUAUACCCGAUGGGUUUAUCAAUGUGCCGCUCCCAUCUGAUCUGCAUGACAUUGACAUUCACUCCGGUCAUUAUGGCCCCAUGACAGGCGAGCCAUGCUCCUACAAAGCCGUCUUCAUCCACACCACCAAGCUUCGACAACUCCAGUCAGAAGUGCUGUUCAACACUUAUGGCGUACACAGCUCCACUGGAAGACUGCCAUCGCAAGAGUGGGUGGAUGAUUGUUAUGAGAGGCUGCAGGAUUGGCUCAAAAACGCGCCGGAACCGAGGGGCGCUGUUUCGACGGAGGGAUAUGCUUUAUCCUAUCACAACUCUUGCCUCUUGUUGUUCCGACCCUCCCCUGGUUGCCCUCGACCUGGUAGAAAAGCCCUCUCCAUUGUUCUCUCCAGCUCUGGAUACAACAUCAGAAUCUACAGGAGAAUGCAACUCAACAACAGGAUCUCGUGGUUGUGGAUGACUAGCCACUUUUCAUUCAUGGCUGGGCUCUCGUUCUUGUAUGCCUUUUCCAACUUGUACAGUCUGGGAGGAGGCGAGGAUGUGCCGACUAUCGAGGAUGCGAUGAUGACCAUCGAGUCAUGUCUGGGCGUACUCGAGUUCCUUGCUCCGCGGGUCCCUUCGGCAUCUGCGUGUCAUGACACGAUGCGUACACUCUCACAAGCGAUUUUCAAGCAGCUUGGCGAGUUCAACCCGCCACCUGUAUCCAACACGUCUGGCUCCCCAGCCCAACGCACCAAUUUUAGAAGCGUACCUAUAUCAUCUUCGCGAGAAGACCCCCUCCCCAAUGAGGUCUUUCCAGCCCCUCUCCCACCUGUCACGAUGCCUUACGAGAUGUCGCUCCUCGACAACUUGUUCCGCAACCCCAUGGCGUCCCAUAACAAGGCCUCUGAUUACACGAGCAAUAAGCAGUGCGGCAAGCGGGCUCAUGUAGGAGUGGACGGCUAUUCCCAUGCGCCCGGCGGUAUGCCUCCACGAGCUUUCCACUCUGCCGAGAACGGGCACCACGCGCCGUACACGCCGACAUCUACCAACGGCGUAUCUUCUUCUAUCGGUGACCCCAAUACGUUGAUGGGUACAUUUGGGAUGGCUGCUCAUAUCAACAUGAGCCCUGUUGCCACCUCGCCAGUGUUCCCAGCCUCUGAUGGGCCGAGCUUGAACACGCUGGCCAAUACAGCUGCUGCCGCCGCCGCUUCCGCGGGCUCUCAGUCAACGGACGAGAGGAUCAGCGCGAUUAUCCAUGGCAGGCCCAACAAUGGGACUGGAAACGGCACAGCCUUUGGAGAAAAUGAUGGGGCCUUUGAUGUGUUUAGUUUCCUGAUGGAUGAAGAAGGAGGGUUGGGAAGCAAUGGGUACUCGGAAGUACCUGCUGAUUUUUCCUUAUGGGGUUGA